CAUGGCGUCCCUAAGCCCCAGAGUCCUUGAGAAGCUCCUCCAAGACAUGGAACCCCCCAUGGUCUCCGAUGACAAGGCCUCCCCCUCGGCCCUCCUCCAAGUCACAGCCAUUGUUCCUGCCCUCGCUGGUCUAGACCUCUCCCCUGACCAUGGCUUCUACCUCAAGGUCUCUGACUCCUCCCACUCUGCCUACGUCUCCCUUCCUACAGAGCACAUUGAUCUCAUCCUCUCCGACAGCCUCCAACUUGGCCAGUUCAUCCAAGUCCGCCGCCUCAGACCUGCCUCCCCUGUCCCCAUCCUCUGUGGCCUCCAGGUUCUCCCAGGUCGCCACCCUUUCCAGCAAGGCACCACCGACCUCCUCACCACUGACCCAGCUACUUGUUCAAUCUUGGAUCCUGGUGACCUUUUCACUCCAAGUUCCAUCCCUCCUCUUCCACCGAAUCCUCUGCCAGAUAGGAAGAAGCAGGGGCGCUCGAUGAGUGCUUCAAGAAUGGGGGAGAGGAAGAGCGGUGAAAUUGGCCCGCAGUCGAGGUCCAUUCCCACUUCGCCGGAGAAUGGAAGGGUGAAGAGGAGGGAGCUGGAGAGGAAAAGCUCCAAUAUUUUGAACGAGCUGAAGAAGAUUAGUGUAAUUUGUGUGGAUGAGGAUAGCUCUGAUUCCGAUGAAUCGACACUCUCUUGCACCUCCUCGUCUUCAUAUUCUUCUUCAUCUUGCGUUUUGAGGCCAAAAAUGAUGAGAAAGAGCUGGGAGGCCCCAAGAAAGAAUAAAGAGAGGAGGCCUGCCCCAAGACCUCUAUCCCAGAGUCGGAGUGCUAAUGUUUCUCCUAAUAGACCAAUUUCAUCUCAUUCAAAGAUAUUCAGAGAUGACAAUUCAGAUAACUUAUUGACAAGUAAAAGAGAUACUGAAAGAGCUUUUAAAGUACUAUGUAGCACCAUAAAGAAGAAGCCCGGCGUCUCGAGCAAAUCUUGCAUAGAAAGCUCAUAUGCCACAAUUUCUUCCAGUCUAUUCAAUGAUAUAAAGUGGCCGGAAAGCACUGUCAUAUGGGCAUCACUUCCAUCAACCUUAGUGAAGCGUGGGAAGGACAUCUUGAGGCAAAGAGAUUUGGCACUGCAUGCUGCUGUGGAUGCAUUGCAAGAGGCAUGUGCUUCAGAACGACUGAUACAAUGCUUGAGCAUGUAUUCAGAAUUACAGUCUGACAAGGAGGGUGAUCCACAGUACAUAGUCGAUAGGUUCUUGAAAUUUCAUCAAGACCUUGCACAGACCAGACUGAUCAUUCAAUCAUUAACCAGAUUGAGCUCAACAAAAACAUGUUGUCAUAACUCAGCCAGUUCCCCUUCUAUCAAAGCAGCAGCCAAAGUGGUGUCAGAGAAAAAAAGAUACGCUGUUUCAUGGGUCAAGGCAGCUUUGGAGUCAGAUCUUUCGCAAUUUCCAACCGAAAUAAAGGCAUCGUCUGAACUAGCAGAGGAUUCCAUGACAGAUGGAAAGCUUCCAAGUAUCAAAAAGAGCAAUGGUACUUUGCACAAGUGGAGCAAUCUGUUCAUGGCUGCUGAGUUGGCAAAUAUAUUGCAUUCUGAAAGCAAUAGAUGGUUCUUAAAAUAUAUUGAUAAGUUUCUAGAUAUUGUUGAGAGUGAGGCUGAUUAUGCUGCAUGCGAGUCUCAAGUUGCUAGCUUACUUUGCCAGUUGAAAAGAGUUGAUGACUGGUUAAACACAAUUACAAGCAAAGAGAGGGCCUGGCCAAGUGAUCGAAACAAAGAUGGCACGUUGUCAGAGGAAGAAGAUGCUGAAGCAUGUGAAAGGGUGAGGAAGAAGAUAUACAGCAUCCUUCUAAGGCAUGUGGCAAAUGUAGCCUUUGCUCUGGAAAGCAUGACCACAACUGAUGAGGACAAAUAGCAGGGAUAAACUAAUUGAGUGUAAGGUGUCGAGGUCCAAGUAACAAUAAUUUUGGUGGAAUUCGGCUACCUAGGUGUCUGCUAGUAUCUUUUAUGUACUUUACAAGCAUUAAAGUUAACAGUGUUCACCUCAGACUAAAUUCCUGCCUCUAAACUAAAUUGUAUAGUUUUGUUGGGAAGCCUUGAGUUCCAAUAAUAUCAAGAAU